GUUUAUAGGAGUGUGGGAGGAAAACCAGAGCUGUUUGUCUGGUUGUUGCUCUGCUCUCAGUCGGUGUUGCUGGUUUCUCUCUCACACUGACUGAAGAUGAGUGGUUUGGAGGAAGAGGAGGGCAGAGCAGAGUCUCCAGGAUCCAGCUGUCUGUCUAUGAAGAGUGAUCGGUCCAAAGAUCCUCCUCCAGACUUCAGUAAUGAACCGUCAGACACAAAAGGUCAGCAGCACAGACACACAGCAGAGUCUUCAGUAUCCAGCUGUCUGUCUAUGAAGAGUGAUGAGUCCAAAGAUUUUCCUCCAGACUUCAGUAAUGAACCUGGACCCCAGUGUGGAGAAAGAUCCAGAACCAGAGCUGGACUGCAGACAGCCAGUCAGUGCAGCUGUGUACAAACAGAUCCUGGUCUGCAGGAGGUUUUAGAGGAACAUAAGAUCAGUCUGAGGAGGAGAUGUGAACGUGUGACUGAAGGAAGUGAUGAAACAGGAAGUAGAACCCUCCUGAACACGAUCUACACUGAGCUCUACAUCACAGAGGGACAGAGUGAAGAGCUUCAUACCCAACAUGAGGUGAGGCAGCUGGAGACAGCUUCCAAGAAGAAGACCCUCCAUGACACUCCAAUCAGGUGCCACGACAUCUUUAAAGCCUUAACUGACCAACAGAGACCCAUCAGAGUGGUUCUGACCAACGGCGUCGCUGGUGUUGGAAAAACCUUCUCAGUGCAGAAGUUCACUCUGGACUGGGCAGAGGGCUUGGAGAACCAACAUGUCAGUGUGGUGAUUCUGCUUUCAUUCAGGGAGCUGAACCUGAUCCCAGAUCAGCAGUACAGUCUUCUGGAGCUGCUCCAUGUUUUCCAUCCAACAUUACAGAAGGUCCCAGCAGAGAAGCUCGCUGUCUGUAAACUUCUGUUCAUCUUUGACGGCCUGGAUGAAAGCAGACUUUCACUGGAUUUCACCAACAGGAAGCUCGUGUCUGAUGUCACACAGAAGUCAUCAGUCAAUGUGCUGCUGACAAACCUCAUCGAGGGGAAUCUGCUUCCCUCGGCUCUCAUCUGGAUAACUUCCCGACCUGCAGCAGCCAAUCAGAUCCCUCCUAAUCACGUCCACAGGUUCACUGAAGUACAAGGCUUCACUGAUGCCCAGAAGGAGGAGUACUUCAGGAGGAGAUUCAGGGAUGAAGAGCUGUCCAGCAGAAUCAUCUCCCACAUGAAGACAUCCAGGAGCCUCCACAUCAUGUGUAGAAUCCCAGUCUUCUGCUGGAUCACUGCUACAGUUCUGGAGCACAUGUUGACUACAGAGCAGAGAGGAGAGCUGCCCAAGACCCUGACUGACAUGUACUCACACUUCCUGCUGGUUCAGACAAAGAGGAAGAGGAACAAGUACCAUGAGGGACAUGAGACGAGUCCUCAGGAGCUGAUGGAGGCUGACAGGGAAGUUCUUCUGAAGCUGGGGAGGCUGGCGUUUGAACAUCUGGAGAAAGGAAACAUCAUGUUUUAUCAAGAAGACCUGGAGCAGUGUGGUCUGGAUGUGACAGAGGCCUCGGUGUACUCAGGAGUUUGUACAGAGAUCUUCAAAAGAGAGUGUGUGAUCUUCCAGAAACCAGUCUACUGCUUUGUUCAUCUGAGCAUUCAGGAGUUUCUGGCUGCAGUCUACAUGUUCCACUGUUUCACCAACAGGAAGACAGAGGUGGUGGGAGACUUACUGUCGGAUAUCUUAAUAGAAAAAGAAAACAGUGACUCAAACCCAGUAAAUGACUCAAAGUCAUUUACUGGGAUGAUUUUUAGGUUCUUCGGAUUCGGUGAUCAGAUUUCAGUGAUCACUGAUAAUCAAGUUAAAGCUCAGUGUUUCACAUCUCUGGACAUCUUUCUGAGCAGAGUCAUGGAGAAAUCCUUGAAGAGUAAAAACGGCCACCUGGACCUGUUUGUUCGCUUCCUUCAUGGCCUCUCUCUGGAGUCCAACCAGAGACUCUUAGGAGGUCUGCUGGGUCAGACAGAGAACAGCCCAGACAUCAUCCAGAGAGCCAUCAACAACCUGAAGAAGAUGAACAGUGAUCAAAUCUCUCCUGACAGAAGCAUCAACAUCUUCCACUGUCUGAUGGAGAUGAAGGACCUCUCAGUACAUCAGAAGAUCCAAGAGUUCCUGAAGUCAGAGAACAGAUCAGAGAGACUUUCUGAGAUCCAGUGCUCAGCUCUGGCCUACAUGAUGCAGAUGUCAGAGGAGGUUCUGGAUGAGUUGGACCUGAAGAAUUACAACACAUCAGAGGAGGGACGACGGAGACUGAUCCCAGCUGUGAGGAACUGCAGGAAGGCUCAACUUUCUAGCUGUGGACUCUCAGAGACUCACUGUGAAGUUGUAGCUUCAGCUCUGAAGUCCAACCCCUCCCAUCUGAGAGAGCUGUGGCUGUUUAACAACAACCUGCAGGAUUCAGGAGUGAAGCUGUUGUCUGCUGGAUUAAAGAGUCCAAACUGUAAACUGGAGGCUCUGCUAUUGAGGAGCUGCAGCCUGUCAGAGAUCAGCUGUGUGUCUCUGAUCUCAGCUCUGAAGUCCAACCCCUCCCAUCUGAGAGAGCUGGACCUGAAAAACAACAAUCUGCAGGAUUCAGGAGUGAAGCAGCUGUGUGGUUUUCUGGAGAGUCCAGAAUGUAGACUGCAGACUCUGAGCUUGGAUGGCUGCAGCCUGUCAGAGAUCAGCUGUGUGUCUCUGAGCUCAGCUCUGAAGUCCAACCCCUCCCAUCUGAGAGUGCUGAACCUGAGUUUCAACAAUCUGCAGGAUUCAGGAGUGAAGCAGCUGUGUGGUUUUCUGGAGAGUCCAGAAUGUAGACUGCAGACUCUGAGUUUGUAUGGAUGCAGUUUGACAAAGAUCAGCUGUUCAUCUUUGGCUGCAGCUCUGAAGUCCAACCCCUCCCAUCUGACAACUCUGUACCUGAGAGGAAACAACCUGCAGAGAUCAGAUGUGAAGCAGCUGUCUGAUCUUGUGGAGAGUCCACACUGUAGUCUGAAGGAUCUGAGCUGGUGGUGAUGAUCUUAGUCCUGAUGAGAGUGAGCAGGACGGUGUGUGUGCUGAGAGAGGAUGAGCUGUGUCCUGAUGAUCCAGAGUCCUCCAUCAUCCCCGUGUGUUCCUCUGGAUCUUCUGAUGAACUUUGUGUCUCCAUUAAAGGACAAAGAAAAGUUAGCUGUAUUUCUGUACAGAAAAGAAGUUUGAUCAUAUUUUUCUUUCUUAAUAAGAUCGUCUGUAUGUGAUUUGAAUAGAACUUGGUUGUUUGUCCAAAUGCUGAGGUCUGUAACUUUCUUAAUAUUGGACCAGUGAACAGUGGAAAUGUGUCAGUUAUUGCAGCUCUCACCUGUCACUCUGGAGAACAACAUAAACUCAGUGUGCAACAAGUUUAAGGUCAUUAAGUCCAGCUUGGAGAACAUUCAAAGAAGAUUUGAGGCUUUCAUGGCUGCUUGUGGAGAACCUGCGAUACAAUCCAAUAUCUGCAUAUAAAUGUACAGAACAAUGAGUUCAAGAUGAAAGAAUAUUAUUACUAUGAAGUGCAAAAAGAAGUGGAGCUAGAGGGACACUGGUGGGAAAGCUUCAGUUAUGGGUGAAGUCUCUAAAUAAUCAUGAAGUAAGCAGCUUGAUCACAGAUCCAGAUUUGACUCAAUAAAGAACACAAGAGUCCAAGCAGCAAAAGUCCUGUCAGAAGAAGGCUGUGGAGACUCAGAAGAUGAGGAGCGUCUCUAAAGCUCUUCUCAGGAGGAGAAACAGGACAGUCGGGGUGGGCUCAGACAGAGCAGCAUUUCACAGUGGAUGAUGGAGAAAAGUCCAGUUCACUGAUGAAGUCCACUUAGAGACAAGUGUCAGUAACAGAAGGGUGAAUGUAAGGAGAGCAACAGGAGAGAAGGAGACCACAGAGGGUCAAAGCCACAUGGAGAUUCAAGUCCAAGCAAAGAGAAGCAGCACUCCAUCCUUCAGAGACAUGCCUUACUAUCAUGAUGAAUGUUUGUGGAGAGGAUUGAUGCAGCAGGAUACUGAGCCCAAACACAGCUCAGCCCUUUAAGAAAUCCUUGAAUACCAAAGAAGAGCAGGAAGUGCUGACAGUCAUGGACUUUCCUCCACAGUCACCUGACCUGAACCCCACUGAACAUUUCUGAAGACUGAGGAAGAAAAACAUUCCUGACAUGGAAACAAAAACCACAAUCUCCCUCAUCAGCUUCCUCUUACAAACCUCAUUGUGAACAUUCAGAUUUCACUGGUUCCAAAUAUCUUCUCCACAGCUGACUUCCUGUCUGAGGGGGUUUGUCAGGUGGCUCAUUAGAGAUCAGCUCUCUGCUGCUCUUUAUUGUCAUUAUAUGGAUGUACAAUGAGACUGUUGCUCCUCCUUGUUGCUCCUCCUUGUUCUGUGGUCCAUCUCAGUCCGACCUCAUUGAAGAUCGUCACUGAGGGCCAAGUCGUGAUGGAUAGAGUUACAGAUCUGCUAAAAGCUAUCUGCUUCUGGCGCCUGGGUGGCUUAGUGGCAAAGCCGGCGACCAUAUACACACGCCGCGUUGCAGUGCGGGCGGCCCAGGUUCGGGCGCCGAUUUGCCCUUGUGUCUUCCCCUGUAUCUUUCCCCCAUUUCCUGUCUCUCUCCACUGUCAUAAAAAGCCGCUGUGGCCAAAAAUGGGAAAAAAACAAACUUUGGACUUUCAGAUGCACUUCCUCUCAGCUCUCUCGAGUCUAUGAAGAGCACAUUCCUGUUCAUGUGGCCCUUCUCACAAAGGGCCUCAGAACUAAAACCAGGUAACAAACGUUUAAAAAUCAGCCCUCGAUAUAGAAAAUGCUGAAAAUAGUCAUGAACGAUUGUGCCGUAUAUGCAGUGUUAUUCCACUUCUCUGCUCCCAAGUCUCUCUAACACAGGCAGGAACAGUAAAGAUGGUUUGACCAGCAGAGCUACAAAUCCGACAUUUCUGAGGAUUACAGCCAGUUAAAAAACACUUUAGUUUCUUUAAGCUGACUGAGGGACAGGAAGUAGAGUUUGAUGUUCAGGACUGCAUUUUAGUUCUCAGCUGAAAAAGGUUUCACAACCAUCAAAGUUUUUGUUGCUCUUCCAUUAUUUCUACUUUAGUCGGGGCUGUGAGACGUUUGAGGCUAUCCCAGCAAUCUUUAGGCAGAUGCUGAGUUUGACCCAGGACAGGUUCCCACUCUGUGGCAGAGAAGCUUUGUUUUUAUUUCAGUUAUUAGAUUUAGUUGGACUAUUGAGAAAACCUGAUAAGUUUGCAGAAACUUUUAUUUGGAAAGCGACCUGUUCUUAUUUCCUUUAGAAAAACAGCUUCCUUUGAAGACAGUACUGUAGCCUAAAUGUUGUGAUCUUUAUGCUGUUUUUAGUUUGUAUGUAAAAUUAUAUUUGAACUCAAAUAUGUCAGAUUUUUAUGAAUCUGUGAGUUGUUCAUCAUAACCAAACAAAUGGACUCAGCAUUUAUUUAUUCAGUGACUUUUUAUUAAAUUGUGCGACUCUGCUUGGAUCCAGUUUAAGGACAUAAAGGCUUCUUUUUACUCGUCUGUUGGUUCACAAGUUUGUUUGUUAUUAUUGUUGCAAUAAGAUGCAGUUACACAUUUCAAGUGUUC